AUGCCAAACACAGAUCAUUACGUUCUCAAACGCAGUGGUUGGCUCUUACUACUCUUCUUCACUCAUUUCUCAGCAUCUUGUCUCCGCGCCGGCCUCGAAAACACCUUUCUCGUCGCCGAUUUCGAGAAUUAUCCUCCCUCAUCUAAGAUGCGCGAUCAUGAGCUCUAUUGUUAUUAUUGUCGAAGGCAGAGUCAGAAAUGGGAAGAACGAGCGAAGACCGAAGGAAUCAAGACACCUUUUGGGUCUGUUCUAUUCAAAGAUGAAGAUGAGGAUGACAAGAUGGCGGCUGCUGUUGUCAAUGGGGCUGUGGGGAGUUUUUUUUGCAAUAGGGUGCGCGGGUCUGUGGAAGACGAGGGGGGUUUGGGGGUGGUGGGUGGUUCCAACGGGGCUGGGGCUUUGGGCGGCUUUUUCUGCAGACUUGGAUUGGGUGGCGGAGAAGGUCGUGGAUAA